AUGGCCACGUAUGACACGACGAAGAAGCGGGAGAUCGGAGUGUCGGAUCUGACGUUGCUGAGCAAGGUGUCGAACGAGGCGAUCAACGAGAAUUUGAAGAAGCGAUUUGAGGGUGCGGAAAUCUACACGUACAUCGGACACGUGCUGGUGUCGGUCAACCCGUUUCGGGAUCUGGGCAUCUACACGGACGAAGUGCUGGACAGCUACCGGGGCAAGAACCGGCUGGAAGUGCCGCCGCACGUGUUUGCGAUCGCAGAGGCGUCGUACUACAACAUGAAGGCGUACAAGGAGAACCAGUGCGUGAUUAUCUCGGGCGAGUCCGGGGCCGGCAAGACGGAGGCGGCGAAGCGGAUCAUGCAGUACAUUGCCAACGUGUCGGGCGGUGACACGGGCGACAUCAAGCAGAUCAAGGACAUGGUGCUGGCGACGAACCCGCUGCUGGAGUCGUUUGGCAACGCGAAGACGCUGCGAAACAACAACUCGUCACGAUUCGGCAAGUACCUGCAGAUCCACUUCAACGGCAACGGCGAGCCGGUGGGCGCAGACAUCACGAAUUACCUGCUGGAGAAGUCGCGGGUGGUUGGCCAGAUCACCAACGAGCGCAACUUCCACAUCUUCUACCAGCUGACCAAGGGAGCGUCGGCGGCAUACCGGCAGACGUUUGGGCUGCAGACGCCGGACACGUACGUGUACACGAGCGGGUCCAAGUGCUACGACGUGGACGGGAUCGACGACGUGGCCGAGUUCCAGGACACGCUGCAGGCAAUGGGCGUGAUUGGGCUGACGCAGGCGGAGCAGGACAACAUCUUCCGGAUGCUGUCGGCGAUUCUGUGGGCAGGCAACAUGGGUUUCCGCGAGGACGAGAGCGGAUAUGCGGCCGUGACAGACCAGUCGGUGGUGGACUUUCUGGCGUACCUGUUGGAGGUUGAGCCGCAGCGACUGGUGUCGGCAAUCACGAUCCGGGUGCUGACACCGCGCAGCGGCGAGGUGAUCGAGUCGCCCGCGAACGUGGCACAGGCGGUGGCGACGCGGGAUGCGCUGGCCAAGGCGAUCUACAACAACCUGUUCGACUGGAUCGUAGAGCGGAUCAACCAGUCGCUGAAGGCGCGGCAGGCGGCAGCGAACUCGGUGGGGAUCCUGGACAUCUACGGGUUCGAGAUCUUCGAGAAGAACAGUUUUGAGCAGCUGUGCAUCAACUACGUGAACGAGAAGCUGCAGCAGAUCUUCAUCCAGCUGACGCUGAAGACGGAGCAGGAGGAGUACGCGCGCGAGAAGAUCCAGUGGACGCCGAUCAAAUACUUUGACAACAAGGUGGUGUGCGACCUGAUCGAGUCGGUGCGGCCGCCAGGGCUGUUCUCGGCGCUCAAGGACGCGACAAAGACGGCGCACGCGGAUCCGGCGGCCUGCGACCGGACGUUUAUGCAGAGCCUCAGCGGCAUGUCGAACGCGAACCUGACGCCACGGCAGGGCAACUUUAUCAUCAAGCACUACGCGGGUGAGGUGUCGUACACGGUGGAGGGCAUCACGGACAAGAACAAGGACCUGCUGCUAAAGGGGCUGCUGAAUCUGUUUGAGGCGAGCGGAAACGGGUUCGUGCACGCGCUGUUCCCGAAUCAGGUGGACCAGGACAACCGGCGACAGCCACCGACGGCGGGUGACCGGAUCCGGACGUCGGCGAACGCGCUGGUGGACACGCUGAUGAAGGCGCAGCCGUCGUACAUCCGGACGAUCAAGCCGAACGAGAACAAGUCGGCGACGGAGUACAACGGACACAACGUGCUGCACCAGAUCAAGUACCUGGGACUGCAGGAGAACGUGCGGAUCCGACGGGCCGGCUUUGCGUACCGGCAGACAUUUGAGAAGUUUGUGGAGCGCUUCUUCCUGCUGUCACCGGCGACGUCGUACGCGGGCGAGUACACCUGGACGGGCUCAUACGAGGAGGCCGUGCGGCUGAUUCUCAAGGACACGAGCAUCCCGGCCGAGGAGUGGCAGAUGGGCGUGACCAAGGCGUUUAUCAAGUCACCUGAGACGCUGUUUGCGCUGGAGCACAUGCGCGACCGCUACUGGCACAACAUGGCCAUGCGAAUCCAGCGGAUGUGGAGGGCCUACCUGGCCUACCGGGCGGAAUCGGCGACGCGGAUCCAGCGGUUCUGGCGCAAGAAGCGUGUGGGGACCGAGUACCUGGAGCUGCGCGAGCAGGGGCAGCGGUUGCUGGGCGGACGCAAGGAGCGGCGGCGCUUUAGUCUGUUGGGCCAGCGUCGUUUCCUGGGCGACUAUCUCGGGCUCAAUGCGGCAACAGGACCAGGCAGCGUGAUCCGGAGUGCAACGGGCAUCGCGGCCAGCGAGCGGGCCGUCUUCUCGUGUCGUGGCGAGAUGCUGGAGGCCAAGUUUGGGCGAUCGAGCAAGGCCAGUCCGCGCAUUUUGGUGGUGACCAGCAGCAAGUUUUAUGUGAUUGCACAAAUGUUGGUGAACCAUCAGCCACAGAUCGUGGUCGAGCGGGCGAUUCCGCUGGGGGCCAUCAAGUUCAUCAGCGCUUCGACGAGCCGGGACGACUGGUUCGCGCUGGGCAUCGGGUCGCCACAGGAGGCCGAUCCUCUGCUCACCUGCGUCCUCAAGACGGAGAUGUUUGUGCAGCUGAAGCGUGUCAUGCCGGCCGGCUUCAACCUCAAGAUCGCCGACGGCAUCGAGUACGCCAAGAAGCCGGGCAAGACCCAGAUGGUCAAGGUGCUCAAGGACAGUCAGACCACCGCCGACCAUUACAAGUCGGGCGCCGUCCACACGCAGCCGGGCGAGCCGCCCAACUCCGUCUCACGUCCGAUGCCGCGUGCCAAUCCCGUCGCUGCAAGGCCCAUCACGCGCGGCAAGCUGAUCAAGCCGGGCGGGCCCAACGGCCGUCCAUCACGGCUGGCCGGCAACCGUGCCACCCAGCCACGGCCGCUUCCAGGAGGACGAACUCCGACAGCUGCAACGAUGCCUGCUGCUGCUGCUUCGAUGCCGGCUGCUGUGCCGCAUGUGACACAAGCCACACAUGCACCAGCCACACACAGCCACAACUCAUCAGCCACGCACAGCCACCCAGCACCAGCCACACGCAUGCAUGCCGCCGCCGCCAAGAAGCCCACGCCCACGCCGAACCCCCGGCCUGCCGCCAGUCUGCCGUCUCACACGCGCAACACCUCCUCCAGCUCGUCGGCACGCGCGCCACCGCCGCCGCCACCGGCACCGCCGGCAGCCAAGCCUAACAAGAUCACGGCCAAGGUGCUGUACGACUUCCAGGGCCAGAAGCAGAACGAGCUGUCGAUCCACACAGGACAGAUUAUCGACAUUGUGCAAAAGGAAAACAAUGGCUGGUGGUUGGCCAAGGUCGGUGAGCAGCAGGCCUGGGUGCCGGCUGCCUAUGUGGAGGAACAGGUGGCGGCAGUUCCGGCCGUGUCACGUGCCCCGCCAGCGCCGCCACGUCGGCCUGUUGGCGGUAGCAACGCCGGCAGGUCGUCGGUGGCGUCGUCGUCCUCGGCCGCCUCCCCCCUGCAGCCGCGCGACUCCGGCAUGAGCCUCAACGGCGUCAGCCACUCGUCCGAUAGCAGCCGCGGCAACACGCCGACGCCGUCGGCUGCCGGCAGCACCGGUGGCCUCAGCUUGGCCGACGCUCUGCUGGCACGGCAGCACGCCAUGUCGACUCGGCGCGAAGAGCCGGACGACUGGUAG